GUACAGCUUUGCGUUUGAUUUUAUCUCCAUUUGCACUGCUCUCCUCCUCCUUUCUAGUUCCCCAAGAUUCAGAAGCCACAAAAACAACAGAGAGGAAGAAACAGGAAUAAAAUGAUGAAGGAAUUUCAUUCUGAGAGCUCUCAGAUGUACAAAUAGCUGUUUCAAAAUUCCAGUAAGCACCAGAAAAGACUUAAAAAUACAUUCUACCAUGGAUUACAAGGCUGGUGGUAAAAGGAAGCAGCAGCAUAGUUUGAAUUUACUGGAUCAAAUAAAAUGUAUGAAAGAUUUAACUGAAAUUAUUGAUGUGGUAUUAGUGGCUGAAGAAAAAAAAUUCCCUUGCCACAAAUUGAUCCUGGCUGCUUUUAGCCCUUAUUUCAAAGCAAUGUUUACUUGUGGGUUGAUGGAAUGCACACAGAGAGAAGUUGUGCUACAUGACAUAGCAGCUGAAAGUGUAUCUGUCCUGCUACACUACAUGUACACCUCUGAGUUACAUCUCACUAAUUGUAAUGUGCAAAAUGUGGCCAUUGCUGCCUUUUUCAUGCAGAUGGAAGAUGUGUUUAGCCAAUGUCAGACCUACAUGAUGGAUCAUAUUGAAGCUUCCAACUCUGUAGGAAUUUAUUACUUUGCAAAGCACAUUGGGGCAGAAGAACUAUCUGAACGAGCCAGGAAAUAUUUGUAUCAGCACUUUACUGAGGUGAGCCAGCAUGAAGAAAUACUAGAGAUAGAAGCUCAGCAACUGCUAAGCCUGAUCAGGUCCGAUGAUCUGAAUGUAUCCAGAGAAGAGAGUAUAUUGGACUUAGUCCUCAGAUGGGUUAAUCACAGUCAGAGGUUGCGUGCAGAUCAUCUCAUUGAGCUCCUGAAGCAAGUAAGGCUGGUACUUGUAAGUCCUUCAUUCCUAGUGGAAGCUCGGAAAAGGAACACGGUGCUUCUGAGUAAUUCCCAGUGUAUUGACAUGAUUGAGGGAGCCUUAGAAGCAAUUAAAAAAUCCAGUCAACCUUCCCUCAGCCUUCGAUAUGGCAUGGAGACCACUACCCUCCUGCUUUGCAUUGGCAAUAACUCAGGGGGGAUCCGAUCAAGGCAGGGUAAUUAUGCUGAGGCCAGCUUCUGUUAUGCACCUCUAACACAAAAGACCUACUUCAUUUCCUCUCCAAAAUACGCAGAAGGCCUUGGCUGUGUAUACACCGGUGUGGUUACUGAGAAUAACAGUAUUGUUGUUGCAGGGGAGGCAAGUGCUGCCAAGAUGUCUAGACAAAAGACCAGGAAGAUUGAAAUUUAUAGGUAUGAGGGUCAUGGAAAUCGAUUCUGGCAAAGCCUGUGUACAGCCCAGUUUCGUGAACUAUAUGCUUUAGGCACUAUCCAUAAUGACCUAUACAUCAUAGGAGGUCAAAUGAAACUGAAAAACCAAUACCACAUUACCAAUAUUGUGGAGAAGUAUUCCAUGGAGCAGGAGAACUGGAGAACUUUGGCUCCUGUCCCAGUGCCGCUGGCUUGCCACGCAGUGGUUGCUGUGAAAAACAGGCUGUAUGUCAUCGGAGGAUGGACCCCACAGAUGGAUCUUCCUGAUGAUGAGCCUGAUCGAUUAAGCAACAGAACGCUGCAGUAUAACCCAAGCCAAGACAAAUGGACAGAGUGUGCACCGAUGAAGUAUUCGAAAUACCGCUUCAGCACAGCUGUAGUAAACCAUGAGAUUUAUGUCCUGGGUGGAAUUGGCUGCCUUGAUCGUGACAGAGGACAGGCACGGCAAUGUCUUGAUGCUGUGGAGAUCUAUAACGCUGAGGGGAAUUACUGGCGAGACGGGCCUCCAACGCCUUACCCUCUUCUUUCCCUAAGAAGCAACUCUACCUGUGCUGGUGCUGUGGAAGGGAAACUCUAUGUCUGUGGGGGAUUUCGUGGAGCAGCUCGGCAUGAAGUUAUCACCAAAGAGAUCCUAGAGCUGGACACCUGGGAAAAUCAUUGGAAUGUUGUUGCUGUCAAUGCCCUCAUGCAUGACAGUUAUGAUGUCUGUCUUGUUGCUCAGCUGAACCCAAGAGAUCUCAUCCCUCCUCCUUCUGAUUUACUGGAACAAUAGGUGUGCCAAUUUAAAUGGAAAAUAAAGAGGCCAAUUGAAUGGAACAAAAGUACGUUGAUAUGUAGCUGUUUAGAUGGAUGCUUAGAAAAGAGAAUUCCAUAUAGCACAUUCUUGAAAGAUGACAUACAACUUGGCUUCAACAUAGCAAAUUCCUACCACAGUAACUCAUUUGGAUGUCAAACGUUCAAAGAUUAUUUAUGUAGUUUUUUUAUUUAUUGAUCAUAUUUGCAUAGCUGCCCUUCUCACAAGAAAUUGACUCUGGGCAGCAUACAACAAACAAUUAAAAGAACCAAUAAAUUCAUAUAAAACAAUCAUUAAAACUAUAAAAAUAUUUUAAAAUAUUAUCCAAUGUUUUUCUUUUGCACAAUUUAUAAUAAUUUAUUCUGUGUGCCAAACUGUUACUUUCUUCUGUUCAAGAGUACAAAUUCAAUUUACCUGGCAAAAAUGGAAUGCUAAAAAAAAUGUUGCUUAUGACAUCAAAAGUAAGACCGAACAAUAGCAAGUAUUUAAAAAGUUAAAGUUUUUGCACUUAGAAUACUUCAUUCUGUACUGACAUGAAUACAAUGGAACUAUUUGUUUUUUAAUAGAGGGCAAAAGGGAAAGCAAAACAUAGCCUUAAUCUCAUUAAACUGGCUUGAAAAGUCAGAUAGCUGGCUGUGUGUUGUUGGCAGAUAAGGAUCUUUUCUUCUUCUGUUUUAUAGUCCUUUGUACAUUCAAGUUAAUCCAGAUGUGGAAUUUAAUCUAGAUCAGAUAUAGAAGGAUUAUCAGCAUCUCCUCUCUAGUUGUCCCUUGACGCUCUGGUCUGCUUACCCCAAAUCCCCAAAGCUUGGUUUUAUUUGGCAUCUUAGAAUAUAGUUGAACAGGUUAAAUGAAGCAUUAUAAAGGUCUACAGGGAAUCACCUGCAUGGAUUUAUCUAACUCAGUAUUGUUUACUCAGAAUUUGAUAAAGUAAUGGCUGCAACUCUCUACAUUCUUAACAAAACAAUCUUUUACAAACCCACCUGGAGAUGCCACAAAGUACAUUUUCUACUAUGUCUGCUUCACUGAGCUGCUAAGUAAGUUCACCAACAGUUACAACUUCACUUUUCUUGAAAACUGUUUUUUUUUCCAGAUUUUAAUAACUUUCCCCCAGAUCAGUCUAACUGAACUUUUACCACUCUCUUGACCCUUGAUGUCUCCUGCCUUUAAUACCAGUCAUUAAGGAGGAAUGCCUUUGCUGCUACUUCUUUCAUCUACUGAUAAUUUGGGAAGAUUUGGCAGAAAAAAGAGAAAAUGAGGAAUUGCCAUGGCAGAUGUAGCAUCAACUGGAGCCAUGGCAGAAUAAAGAAAAGUGGUGAUGCAAUCA